AUGCCCAGCAAGAUCGGUAAAACAAGACCCAACCAUGGACCCAAGCACUCUAGCUCACUUCAAUCAUUAAGCGACUACAUUGCUUCUGCUAGUUCAUCUGUAGAUAAUGAGCCCAAUUUGACAAAUAAUCUCAACCCUACUCACAAUUGCUCUACUAGUGUUGACACUAGAUUGUACCCAACUAUUGAUCCAAUAGCUGAUGAAGAAUUGGCCGCUAAAACUAAUAGUAUGAGCAUGAGUAACCAAGACAACAUUGAAUUGUUGGAUAAUGAGCUGACCAAUAACCUCAACAUACAAGACAUGUCAGUUGAUGAAAUUGUUGGUAAAACUUUUCUCAAACCCAAUAAUGCUAAACUAGAUACAAAUAGAACUCUUCUUGACACUGAUCAGAUUUUAGAAAUUAAGGAAAGAAUGAAGAAUAUUAACAAACUAUUAUCUGAGAACAAGAAAAGUAGUAAUGUCCAACAAGACAAUGAAGAAUUCAACAUCAAUGACAUAGCAGUGAAGGAAAUUACUCCUCCCAGAUAUAUUGCUGUUAGAUAUAGCAAAAUAUUUGAAGAGAAUGAGGUAAUUGAAUUAAUUAAGGACAACCUUAGUGGCAAAUAUGUCACCAUCAAUCCGAGUAUUAAGCUCAAUAAUACCAUAAUUGUCACUAUUGAAGAUUGCGCUCAAGUAGAACAGGCAGUUGAAACAUUACGAGAACUAUGGAAAACUACAGUCAAGGCAGAUUGGAGGAAUGCUAUUGAAAGCGAUACUGGUGAACCCAUUGUUGAAAUUGCUAGAGCUAGAAUUGGUAAAGAAAUGGCAGCAGUGAUCACUGUCAAAAGUAUGAAAGCCAGAAAUAAUCUAUGUAAGGCAAAAACAUAUGAUAUCACUAUUCCUAGAACAGAGGAAACAGUCACUAUGAAAAUCGACAUACCAUUCAACUAUGCAAUGGAUGUGCAAUAUUCUGACAUCAUUGGUAGAUGGCCUGAAAGAAAUGAUUUGAUUAGAGCUAGAAUACAAACGGAAUCCUCUCUUGCCAGAAAAUACAAUAAUGACCAACCUGUAUCCAUACUUAUCAUCAAUCAAGAGAAGAGAAUAUGUUUGAUUAGACUCAACAAUCUAUCUAAUGCCAUCAGAUUGGUAAACCAUGCUGCAUAUGGAAUGAAUGAAUGGACAUUGGAUUUUGCUCUCAAUUAUCCAAUGCUAGAAGAUUUCCUGGAAAAGAAACCUGAUACAGUUCACAAAAUUUCACAAAAUUUAGGCAGAUCUUCUAAAAUUGCAGCGAAAGACGUUUCCUUUACUCUUGAAAAAGUGCAACAAGUUCACCUAAAAGAAAUCAAGAGAAUUGAAGCUUCUAUGGAUAAAAGAAUUGCAGAACUUGAGGCAAGACAGAAUCAGAAAUUGGCUAUGGGAUUUAAGGAAAUGGCUAAUAUUAUCAGAGCAAAUAAUGAAGAAUUAAUGAUUACCAAUAGAAUUUCUACUCUAACAUUUCUGUCUGGUUGUACAAAAGAUAAUAUAUAUCAAGAGGAAAUUGAUGAGUGUCACAAAAAGCUAAAACUACUUGAUUCACUUCAAGCAGAACCAUUAUCAGCCCUAAGAGGCUACCUCAACUCAAUCACUCCUGAUAUAAUCAUGCUCCAGGAAGUUAAAAGCGUCUACAUUGGUCCAGAUUUUCCCUCUAUAUAUUAUUCUUCAUUUACAUAUUAUCACAAUCCAAGAGAUUCCUGUGGUGUAUCUAUCUGCCUCAACAAAAGCACUUUCAAAGAUAUUGAAGAAAUCAUCUUAGAUCCGAUCAUUAAGAAUAACGCGCGAAUUAUUGGCGUGAAAUGUAAAAUCAAUUCAAUUAAUACUCUAGUAAUUUCUGCGUACUUUCCAAAUCAACCAGCUGACAGAUGUGAAUUCACAUAUAUUCUUGACAACCUAAUUGAAAAAUAUCCUAACUACAAAAUCAUUAUUGGAGAUAGAAUUACCACGGAAGAGAAAGAAUGGAUAAUUCAGAAUUUGAAAUCCACAGCACCCAAUGAACUAGGUUUAAGACAAAAAACUAUCAAAUACAUGUGUAAGGAAUUACAGGAGGAAAUUUUUCAAAUUAUUGAAAAUAUCAUUACAACUGGAUUUACUCCUGAAUCUAUGCAAAGUGUCAGCAUUCUCCCAAUUCACAAAAAGAAUAAGGACCACUCAAACCCUGCUAACUAUAGACCUAUUGCCCUUAUGGACUCAGGACUUAAAAUAGCUACUAAAUUAAUCACCAAAAGAUUGAAGGAAGUAUUAAAGGGAAGAUUAUCAUUAGCUCAAUUUGGUGGUGAAGACGGCAGAGAAACUAUUCACAGAGUCCUUUCAAUUUACAAUAUGAUUGCUUGGGCAAAAGGACAAGAAACCUUUUAUGGUUUGGCUGUUGACAUCAAAAAGCUUAUGACUCAUUACCGAGAAUUAUGCUUCGUGAUGGACUGCUAUUCUUAG